UAUAUGAAGUCUUGAAACUUUACAGCUGUUGACUGGAGGGAAAGAGGAGUGCCACAUGCAUAAGAAAAUGAUGUUAAGCUGUAUUUCAUGUGGGGAAAGUGUGUGUCGGGACUAAUAUUACAGUCGAGCACUGAGGACUGCAGAAAUGUUCACAGGGUGUGGAGUGGUCAGUGGCCAGAACCAGUACCUGACCAGAGAUGCUGUCAGGCCCCACCCAGGACUGGAGGCAAGCAGACCCAUCCAAAUGGAGAACGGGGUAACCCCAGGGAUGUGCCCUGUUUAUCAAACUUACAGCAAUGCUGGCCAGCCAGCAGUGGUCAACAAUGUUUCCGCCGCACUGAAAACAGCACCACUACCAGUCCCGCUCUCUGCACUCAAACUAGGACAGGAAGGGUUCAAAAAAGUGUGCCGAACUGAGGAGGACAGUCCUUGUCCCUUCCCAGGACUGGCUUCUGGAGUGCUGGAGAUGCGCGUGAAGGAGGGAAGCAAGAUCCGCAACUUAAUGGGAUUUGCCAUGGCACGAAUGCAAGGAGAGAAGGGUGUAAGUGGGGGAGGUUUGAGCGACGGUGGGCUCAGGCAGGUGGUGUUCACUGGGUCAGGCCGUGCAGUCACAAAGACCAUCACCUGUGCUGAGAUCAUGAAACGAAAAGUGGGCUGUCUGCACCAGCUGACCAAGCUGCGGUACAAGGUGGUGAAAGAGGUGUGGGAGAGUACUGAAGGGGGGAACUCUGAAAUGACAGUGCACAGGACUGUACCCUCCAUCAGCAUCCUUCUUUCCAAAGAUCCUCUGGACCCCCAGGAACCAGGCUAUCAGCCUCCAGAGACUCUCAGUGCAUUGUGGGAGGAGAGAGAGGGUGCCGAACCUGCCUCGCAGACAGCAUGCAAGAGACCUUUUGGACCUCUGCCACAUGGCAGUUUCCCUAACUGUAAGAGAGUGUGUUUAGGGGAAGGAGUCUCAGUCCUCCCUCCUCACUGACUGGCUGAACCGGUGUCACAGAGGAGAGAAUUGAAUCAGAGGAGUUCAUUUGGCACUGCACUCCACUCAAGCACAAUGCUGAGACAAUCAGAACAUUCACUCAGACAGAACAGUGCUUUCUCAGAAGAACUGACUACUAGUUUCAGCCUCCAGAGGUCAGUUUGACUGGGACUUGAAAGCUUGCCUCUGUACAUACAGCAUUUACAGGACAUCUCUCUUGGUACGUCCAACAUGGUCUCUCACAUCCAUGAAACUAUGAUGGUGUGUGCUACCGUGUUAUGAGAUCUUGGACAGAUUUACAUCCCAUUUCACACUGACAAAAAGCCAUGAAUAUCACAGGUUCCAGAUUCCUGCAUUGAGUAAACUAUCUACAACCUGUGGAUAAAAUCAUUUUUUAUCAUCAUGUUACAAUCAUCUCUAUUCCUCCAUGCUUUUAAAUAUAGCUUUUCAAAACACACAACGUAGAUCCAAGAGCACAAAACAAAAACAGCUUAAAGCCAUUGACGAUAUAACAAAUGCAAAACAUACCAGUUUUAUUUGUCUACUAUUAACCGCCAUGA